AGCUCGCCCAGACUCUUGCUCUGGACAAAGUGGGUUUACAGGGAAUGAAGCUGUCGAGAACGGCAGCAUCGUAUAAGAUGAUCCAUGGUCUAGGGCGGACGUACUCUGAAAGGACCUUCUCCAACCUCAGGAGAUUUCCCUUUUCUUUAAAUUUGGAUGAAAGCAUGUCAAACAACAACAAAAAGGUCCUCUCCAUGCUCGUCUGCUACUUCCAUGCUGACUUGAGGAAGGUGAUGGUGGAGCAUUUGGGGUCCUUAGAGGUCGUGAAGGUGAACGCUGCCAACCUUGAGAGGUUGCUCUGUGAUUUCUUCAAGCAAAAUAACAUCCCUUGGAAAAAUCUUGUGAGCAUGUUGAUGGACUCAUGUUCCGUCAUGAGGGGCAGCAAGACCGGUCUUGAGACAAGGAUCCACCAGUACUGUCCAACCCUGCUAGACAUUGAUGGAGACUCCUGUCACCAUAUCCACAAUGCAGCAAAGAAGUUUGCAGAGCCCUUUGACCACUACCUGGAGCAGCUGUUCAGUGAUCUCCAAGUAGACCAUCAAUGGUGUCCAGACCAGGUGAUGCACCUCAAGGAGGUAUGUCUCAUGUUAGAUGUCCCCGCCUCUAGCCCUCAAAGGGGCUUUGUACCACAUCGUUGGCUGUCUGCAUAUGAUGCCAGCAUGGCGACCCAUGCCAUGAUGCCAGCAUACAAGGUCCUCUACUUUGGCUACCUCUCCACUGCAGACAAGGAGCUGUACAGAGAGCCCUUGGAACUAAUUUACACAAAGUACAGUGUUAAUCAGGCGGCAAGAGCCAGAAUCAGGACGAUGCAUGAGGAACUCAACCGUAAAGGCAUGACUCCGCAAGGCCGGGAAAGAAAAAAGAGGGUCUGUCAGAAGCUGUGGCAUGAGGAGACAACAACAGUACUAUAACUCAGUAUCUACAAGGGUGUGCUGGCUCUUCUCAAGGAGUAUGUAAUGGUUUUCCAGGGAAGCCAGACCUUAGUUCACAAACUCCAUGACCGACAGCUUGAGCUGUUCCUGGCCUUUCUGGCUUGCUUUAUGAAGAAUGAACACAUUACUCAGCUGUCUCCCAGGGCUCUGGGAGAGAUGGUUCUGGAGGAUGCCAUGUUGCUGCCCUCCAGGGAGGUUUACGUGGGACAGGAGGCUGACACGAUCAGGAGCCAGAAUCCCAAUCAUGCUCUGUUGAUGCCAUUCCUGGCAGAUGUCAGGAAAGCCUACACCAACACUGCAGUAUACCUCCAGAAGAAGCUCCCCUUGGCCAGUCCGACUCAGACGGCCCUGUCUGCUCUGGACCCACUUCUGAGAGGCCACUCACAGGCAACCAUACAGCUGAAGAGGCUGAGUGGUAUGCUGGGGCACCUCUUGCCAGCAGGUCACGACGUCCAUAGAGAGCUCCUGCUGUUCAAUGUUGACCUGAGCAUUCCCAGUUUCAAGGAGGGAGAUAGCAUGGUGGAGUGGUGGGGUACUGUCUUUGACAAGCCAGACAAGUAUCCAACCCUCAGUGCUUUGGUUAAAUGCUGCCUCUCCAUCUUUCAUGGACCAAGAGUGGAGUCCUCUUUUAGUUUGAUGAACAAUGUAAUUGAUCAAAGGAGUGGCAACAUGAAUGUAUCGACAUUUAAUGCAAUCCUGACAGUCAAGUACACCCUACAGUCCAGGAAGAAGACAGCUGUGGAGCUCUUCAGAAGGGAGGAUGCAAAGUUUGGGGAGGUGGACCGAACACUCUGCAAGAACAUCAACUCUGCAGCAGCCACAUACACACACCAGCAGAAGAAGAACCAGAAAGAAAAGCAGCAACAGCAGAGCAAGUAUGGCUCCCAAGCAUCUGGCAGUGCUCAGCAGACCAAAAGGCAGACAGCUGAAGAAGAGAAGAGGGCAAGGCUGAGACAUGUGGCCAAACAGCGAAAGCGGGCCAUGGAGACGCUUGUCCAGGCAAAGAGGAGGAAAAGACAGACUCCAUAGUCCAUGAGCCAGGACCCUAAAUUUAGGCUAUCAGUACCACCUUUUUACCACCAAACCCCUGUGCAUUCCCACCCAUAUUCAUGUUGUUUGUAUAACCUUGAUUAAUUUGAGUACCAAUUUUUUCUUAUAAUAUUUUGAUUUGAGUACUAUCUUAAUUUAUUAUCUUGUUUGGCCACCCUGUA